UGUGACUCCAAGUGCGCCCUGAGAAGAAGCCCCCAUCACUUGUCCGGGAGGCCCAGUGGUAGGUGGCCAGGCUGGUGCCCCUGACCACACGCUGAGGGCGCUCUCCACCCUACUGGCUUCCUUUCUUGGCGCAGUGGCUCCUGCCCGGUGACUCACACACAGAGUGGCAGGAAGCCAGGGAGGACGGGCUGGCGGAGCUCUGAGCGAGGAGCGUGGACACCAGCCUGGGCCAGGGCCUGUGGGGCAGGAGAGGCCGGGAGGCAGCGUGGGCUCUGAGGCUGGGUCUUGGCCGCUCUCGCUCAGCCUGGGGCCUGGUAACAGCAGGGAGGUGCACAGGCAUGGAGGGGCAUCCGGGCAGGAGCCGUGGACAUGGGACACGCCUGAGAGCAUGUGGCCACCAGGGGCCCACUUGCCAGGAUGCAGCUGAUUUGUGGCCCAGCCAGAACUGCAAUUGGGGUCUUCUGAAUUCCCCAGCCUCCUGGUCCCACCCCCCAGCCCACAAGUGUCUGCAGAGGAAGGUGACCUUGGAUCCAGCCAUGGCAGCAGGGGGUGGGUCUGGCAGCCCAUGUCCCCGUGUGGAGGUCCUGGGAGGGCACCCGUGCUGGGGCAGUGGAUCCCGAGAGGCUGAGUUGGGGCAACCGGCCUGGAGGCGCUGCUCCGCACCCCCAUACCUUGGUCUCAGCCCUGAGCUUGCCAGGACAGCCAGCUGUGAGUGCGGCCCGGCUGGAGGCCCAGCGCCCCACGCAGCUACUGAGUCAGCCCUGCCACCUGGGGGCUGCUGCUCCUUCAGCCCCCUUAGGCCUCCAGGGACUCGCUCCAGAAAGCCCAAGAGCCAGCACCACGGCCAGCUGGUCUGUCCUUGCAAGAGGCCAGAGCUUCCUGAGGCCUCCCCAGAGGAAGAAGCCCUUAUGGUUCCUGAAGCCUGCAGAACUGUGAGCCAGUUAAUCCUCUUCUCAGAAAUCACCCAGUCUCAGGUAUUUCUUUAUAGCUCCAUAAAAACAGCUUAACACAUAUGGUAACUCUAUGUCUAAGCAUACAAGAUUAAAAUUUAAAAUGACAUUCAUACCAUCUUCUAUAUUGACCUCCAUGGUUACCUUUACAAGUGGUUUUUUUUUGUUGUUUUUUUUGAGACGGAGUCUCGCUCUGUCACCCAGGCUGGAGUGCA